AUGUCUCAAGAUCCGAAACUCACCUCACAGAUCGCUAUUCUUGGUGCCGGCGAUGUAGGUGCUACCAUUGCCUACUCGCUGAUUAUGGACCCGGUUGCGGGUGACAUCUUGAUAGUGGAUCCAAAAGAAGAAGUCCGCGAUGCUCAAGUACAAGACCUUUCUGAUGCCACGUUUCAUGGAAACACCACAACGCGCAUAAGAUCAGGAACACACAAAGAAGCCGGGCAGUGCGAUGUUGUCGUCAUAACCGCCGGCGCAAAGCAAAAGAAAGGUGAGAGCCGAACCGACCUCAUCGGCCGCAACAAAUCUAUCCUCGAAUCUGCUAUUAGCGAUAUGAAACCUUUUCGACCAGAUACCGUCCUGCUUCUCGUCGCCAACCCUGUCGAUGUACUUACUUACUUCGCCCAACAAUUUUCUGGGCUUCCCAAACAGCAAGUCAUCGGCUCCGGUACUUUUCUUGACUCAGCGCGUCUCCGUGGCAUCCUCGCUCUGAAAGCUGAGGUCGCAGCAUCCAGUAUUGAUGCUUACGUAUUGGGCGAGCACGGCGAAUCUCAAUUUGUCGCCUGGAGCCUUGCUAGCAUUGGGGGCGUACCUCUCGAUAAAGUAGUUGAAUCGAAGCAGAGUAUCGAUAAAAAGGCCAUUGCACAAGAAACCAAAAAUAAAGCGACAAAUAUUAUCAAAAGUAAGGGUGCGACCAAUUAUGGCAUCGGUGGUGUCGCAGCCAGUAUCUGCAAGUCUAUACUUUUCGACCAGAGGAACAUCCGGCCAGUUAGCCAUUAUCAGGAUGGUUUGGACGUUUGUCUGAGUGUGCCGGCAGUUUUGGGGAGAAGAGGAAUUGUAAGGAGUGUGCCGAUGCCAUUGAGCAGCGAGGAGAAGGAGCUGUUAGAGAAGAGUGCAAAGGCGUUGCGGGAAGUUAUUGAAGCAUAG